AUGGAUGAGGUGAAUGAUAAUAAUUUAAAUUGUCAGAAGCCUUCAAACUGGAAAUGUGUCACUCACGUUAGCAGACGAAAUCAAAAAUAUAAAACAGAUGCUCUUAUCGAAUUUUUACAGAGAGAAGAGGACUUGGAGCUUGAUGACUUGAAAGUUAUUCUCGAAGAAAAAGUUAAUGGGCGUGACUUUCUCAAGUUAACCGAAGAAAAACUUGAGCGACAUGGAAUGAAACUGGGACCUACAUCGAGGCUUGCAGACUUCAUUAAUGAGUGUGCAAUCCGUCAAUUUCCACCAAACGAUGAUGAGGAAUUGAAACAAUGUAUAAGGGAAAUAAAACGCAGGUUGGGAAAUAUGGGGACUAUUCUUGCCGAUAGCAAUGAAGCCAUGCGGUGCAAAUAUAUUUCGAAAAUAACAAAAAAAGAGAUUACUUUGGCUCCCCAGUUAGAAAUUGUUGGUGAAGAAAAUACUGCUUUACUCAGAAUCGCGGGUGAUGCAUUCGGAGAUGACUUCGAUUAUAUCUAUGGAAUCAUUACAACAGCUACAGAUUGGUAUUUCAUCCUUUACGCUUCGGACAGAAUAUAUUGUACAAGUAAAAAUUCUCUUAAUAUCCGAUUUACCAAGUCUGCUUUGAAAGAGAAUUCGGAGGAUGAAAAAGAAUUGUGUAAAAAUGUGAAGUGA